AUAGAUUUUCUUCGUAAGAGUUCAAGUUGCUGCCCGAUCUAAGAUUUGUUGCUGUAAUAUUUCACCGCCACAUAGGGGCGCUGUUGCCUUUAAAGUUUAGGGGUUUGUCUCUACUCCGCUUCAUGUUAACACUCAGGUUUUGUCCGUGAAAGAAGAUGCCAGCGACAGAGGAAUCAUGUGGUGUCAACAAAGUUGUGGGCAACAUCUGUAGGCUGCCAUCAGAUCUGUUUGGUGAAGUAUGUCAGCACAUUCUGACUUACCUUCAAGGACUAACCAGAGGAGUAGACUCAGCUGAAAUCUCUAAUAGACUAUUGAGAGCUGAUGUCAGACUGGAUCAUGAAGCUCUACAGAACAUUAUCAGAUACCUGUUGUUAACAUUCAGGUCUGCUGGCAAGAGCAACCUCUCUGGGGAUGAUCUUGUGUCGAGACUAGAGGAAUGUAGCAACAAGUGGCCCAAACCUUCCCUCCAGGUGUUGCACAAGUUGUGGAAUAAACAUGGUGCAUCAAUCCACGCUCAGCAAGAAGCCCUGGGCAUGCUCAGCAUUGGGCGAUUAGUGGACAUGCAGUGGAAGCUUGGCAUGGCAGUGAGCUCCGACACCUGCCGGUCUCUGAACUCCCCUUACGUGUCUGUGCUGUUAAAAAUUGCUGAGCCAUCUGGACAGAUCUGUCAGAGGUCUUUCGAAAUGACCAUUCCACAGUUCCAGAACUUUCACAAUCAGUUCAGGGAGAUGGCUGCUGUUAUGGAGACUGUAUGAUGGAUGGUGGAAAACUGAAGCUCUUCAGGUCCCAAAGGAAGUGUUUGACAGAUGUUUUGUCUGCUGGAUGCCUUAAAAUGUCUGGAAAGCCUGUAAAAAGUAGAUGAAAAUGCCUGUUCUUACUUUAAAUGUCAGCAUUUGAAAAAUUUAAGUUAUAGUAUCUUAUCCACAUUUGUUUUUUUUUUAAUGCUCUUUCUGUUAAUGUCUAAAUUAUUAACACUUCCAUUGAUUUUUGUGUUUCUAUGGUUACACUUUUACAUGUGCUGCUGGGGUCUUAUCUUUUGUUCUACUUUGUGAGUACAUUCUGAUUUAGAGCUUAUGUAACAGUGUUGAAAUAAAUCAGUGUUACAAAUAAACCUCAUUUGCAUGGUCA